AUGGAAGAGUACAAAGAAUUUUUGGAGAGCGAAUACGGAGCAAGCGUUCAACGGAUGAUUUCAAAUAAUGAACAUUCUGAUUCUGAAAUAGACGAUUCAGACGUUGAUCCUGAUUUUAUCAGUCAGUUGAUAGUAGAUGACAAAAUUAUUCUAAAAAUAUUCGAAGAAACUAAUUUAUAUGCACAACAAAAAUUAAGUUUGUCACAAUAUUCAACUAACAGCAGAUUAUCUAAAUGGACCAACACUAAUCUAGAAGAGAUGCACAAUUGGUUGAGAUUAAUUUUGUGGAUGGGUUUGGUUCAACUGCCAGAAAUUACUGCAGCUUACAAGUAUGUAAGACAAGUUUCCAACAAAUGUCUUCCACAUCCCUCUACACUACGGAAAUGGUAUGCUGUAGUUGAUGGUGCACCUGGUUUUACCAAAGGAUCAAUCAAUGCUAUACAGAUCAAAGUAGCAGAAAUGAAAUUGAAGGACAAAACCUUAGUAUGUGGUAUGAUGAUAGACGAAAUUAGUAUUAAAGAGGGCACACAUUUUAAUGGUACUAGAAACCAAGGGUAUAUAAGCUAUGGAACUGGCCUUAAUGCCGAUACAGAUACACUUCCAUUAGCUAAAGAGGCAAUUGUAAUUAUGCUUGUUGCUCUAAAUUCCAAUUGGCUAUUUUCUGCUAAAUCUGGAUCAGAAAAAGCUAAUUUAAUUAAUAUAGCUCUAGUCAUAGUUUAUGAUACUGGUGUGCUUGUGAAGACGUUGACAUUUGAUGUAGCUGCGUCUAAUAUUUCAAUGGCUACUUCAUUGGGGGCUAAACUUUAUCCACCAGAUAUGAAAACGUUUUUUUCGCACCCAAAAAUUUUUAUUUUUUUGGAUCCAUGUCACAUGCUUAAGCUUUGUAGAAAAACAUUUGGUGAUUGGAAAACUUUAUAUGACAAAGAUGGACGAGAAAUAAAAUGGGAAUUACUAAAACAGAUAAUAGAUUUACAAGAAAGCGCUCAAUUACACUUAGCCACCAAAAUUAGACCAAGGCAUAUAAACUACUACAAAGAAAAAAUGAAGGUGAAGCUUGCAGCUCAAACUUUAAGUGAAAGUGUGGCUAAGGCUCUGACUUAUUGUACAGAAUAG